AUGGCGCACCCGUCCCAUCUCGGGCGAUCCUUCCUUGAUGCUCUGUUGGAAAGCCCUCUCGCCGAUCCGUACAAUAAAGCCCCGACGAAGAUCAUCUGGGCUGAGAAAAAAGAACAAGGCACAUUCUAUCCCGAAAUCUACACGGUGAUUCUCCAGCUGAUGAUCAAAUUCCGGCACGAAAAAGGGUACACGCCGGACCCGCCGGAGUUGGCCGCCUUCAUUAAUCAAGAUGGGCUUUUCCGGGUCACAAGCGAAUCUUUACUGGCGAAGUAUGUAACCGACAUCAAGAAUGAGUAUCUUAAGAAGAAGGCCAAAUCCUCUUGGAGAGUAAAAUUGGUCUUCCGUAGUCACGUCCAAGAACGAAUCUUUGAGAUGUCCAAUAUGUUGUGGGACGACGAAGCAAAGCUGAACCAAGAUGGAGUACGAGAAUUGAUUCAGGUUCGGGUCGACCCAAUUCUAGGCACCAGGCAAGUUAUUCAUCAGGAGGCGACAUUCAUCAAAAGAGGUGUUCUCGGUAAUGGGAUUACUGUGGGUGAUAAUACUUGGGUUGUUGAGAAUCUUGACGUUCAGAAUAACUUGGUGAUUUCUGUCCUGACCGGAAUCCUUGAAUACGGCGACCAGCCGGAGGGAAUUUCCCUGUAUGAGUUUCUCCGGGGGCGUAUAACUGAAAUUUCUGAGAAUGAUCAGCAGUACUCGAGGCCUUACAUUGCGGCAAUGAUUCUGUGGUUGCAAUUCAGAUUCAUGUUUAUGAAUGAAGUCGAACAUCAUUAUGUCCCUGGAUUAGAAACAUCAGAAUAUCGCAUGAUGUAUGAUCUGUGUAAAAAGAUAUGGGGCGAUUUGGCCGGCCAGACUGAUCCGACCAAUGCUUCCCCACAAGAGCCUGGUGGUCAUAUUAUUGGUCUCUCUGAUCAAGAUGAAGAAGAUACAGUUCGUGAAUUUAUUGCUUUUGAUUUCUUAAGACUUGCUGGUGUUUCUUCUGUGCGUGGGAAGCUCAAAUUUUAG